UUUACGCAGAGAGUCCUGGUUGUCUCCACCUCUACCAGAGUUUGCAUUGAUCUCUUAAGCCAAUCAAAAGGGAGGGGCAGAGUUUCAUCCUGUAGAGUUAACUGCAAAACUGUUUCACUUUUGCAAAGUAGUCAGUUCUAACAAGGGGCAUAGGCUAGGGAGUCUCUCCAGGUCACGAUCAUGGCAAGCAAGUCCUUGUUCAUUGUUGCCAUUGAUUUUGGCACGUCUUACAGCGGCUACUGCUUUUCUCUUGCAACACAGACAGAUCAAAUCCGGCAGGUGUACUGGGGGCAGGAGCAUGGGCUCAACACUCUGAAGACGCCAACGUGCAUCCUCUUCAAUGAAAAGCGUGAGUUUCAGAAGUUUGGCUACGAUGCCGUCAUGAAGUACAACUCGCUCCCCUCCAGCGAAGCUCACAGAUGGUACUACUUCCACCACUUCAAGAUGAAGCUCUAUAAUGAGAAAAUCACUUCCAACAUGGAACUAGAAGCAGAUGAUGGAAAGAGGCUUCCAGCCCUAACGGUGUUCUCAGAAAGUCUGCGUUACAUGAAGGAUCAUGCUCUGAACACCAUACAGGAAGCCUCAUACCAAGCUGUCUAUGACACUGAUGAUGUCACCUGGGUCAUUACUGUUCACAUAUGGGAUGCUUCUGCCAGGCAGUUCAUGCGACUGGCAGCUAAAGAGGCAGGCCUCAUCGGUGACAUGCUUUCUGAGAAGCUCAUCAUUGCUCUAGAACCAGAAGCCGCCUCAAUCUGGUGCAAGCAGCUCCCACAGGAAGGCUUUGUGGCAGAAGGUGGUCACAGACAAAAGUUUGAGGAGUCACCAGGGACCCAGUAUGUCGUGGUGGAUUGCGGAGGUGGCACCAUAGACAUCACAGCACAUGAAAUCCAAAAGAAUCAAUCCCUGAAAGAAUUACAUAAGGCGUCGGGAGGAGGAUGGGGAGGCAGCACAGUGGAUGAAAACUUCAAAGAGUUCCUGAAGGAGAUCUUCCACGAAGGAGUAUGGGAUGAAUAUGUGCAGAAUCACCCAACAGAAUGCCAGCAGAUGAUGUACAACUUUGGGCUUCAAAAAUGCUCUUCCAGCAAAGAUGAUCUCUACAUACAUUGCUACCACAACCUCACAAGAGUGGCAGAACGCAAGUACAGAGACAUCUCCCACUUCUUCAAGGGCGUGGAGGGAGCUGAGUGGUGUGAUGGGACUAUCAUGAUUAAAUAUGAAAAAAUGAAGAGCUUUUUUGCCUACAGUAUCAGACGAACCAUUAAUAUUUUGCUGGAAAUCCUCAGCAAGCCUGAGAUGACCACGGUCCAAUAUAUUUUACUGGUUGGAGGCUUUGCUUCCAGCAUUAUCCUGAGGGAGGAGAUCUACGAGAUCUUUAGGGAGCAGUACUAUAUCCUUUGCCCACUGGAAGCUCAGGCAGCUAUUGUAAAGGGGGCCGUUUUAUUUGGGCACAAUCAGCAAAUUGUUGCCUCAAGAAUCAGUGCUCUGACAUACGGAGUAGCGGUAUGUGAGACAUUUGAUAUUGCUGUCCAUGACACACAGAAAAAGAGAGUCUCAAAAGCAGAUAAUUAUGAAUAUUGCACAGAUCUCUUCAAGAAGCUGGUGGGAAUUGGGGAUUUGGUAGCGGUAGAUGAGGUUGCCAGUUAUACUUUCACACCCAUGGAGCCAGAUCAGACAAUUGCGGAUUUCAAUUUCUAUUGCACAGAAAAGAAGGCUGCGAAGUACAUAGAUGAGGAAGGGCUGAAAAUGCUCGGCUCCUGUACUGUGCCAACACCAAACACAGAGCUGGGCAGAAACCGCCAACUGAGACUGGAUAUCAAAUUUGGGCUAACGGAGUUUAAUGCCUCAGGCACUGAUGUCACAUCUGGUGAACGUCGGUCAGUUAUGAUCGAUUUUUUAACAGUGUAAAGGUUCCAUUGUCCAAAGACAAGUGAGAAGAGCAGCAGGCUCAGAUGACACAAGGGACUAUAGGGCUCAAUCAGGAGAACAUAUGAGCCUCCAUAAUGGAACAAACAAGUGAAACAAACAGUCUAGUAAUUUCCUGCCACGUCAGCACAAACCAAUAAUCUUUCUGAUCUAAUAAUCCUGCCUCCUUCCAUACUAGACCAAACUAGUCACCCAUUUAAUUUGACAUGCUGCUACCUACCAUUCCUGAUUGGACAAACAGAUUGUCUAGUUCAGUAUUCUGCCUCCUCCCAGGCUAGCUCAGACUAACGGUGCAGUAUCUAGAACAGCAUCCUGCAGGCUAUACUGCUGGAUAUGAAUACAGUGAUCCAUGCAGUCCAGUAUAAUUAUUUAUAUCCCACUAGACUGGACCUAUAGUAGGGGUGGACAAAAUAUGGCCUGUGCACCACAUCCAGCUCACCAAAGAUUUUCCUCCAGUCUGCCAUGAUCGUAUGGGCUGGGGCUGGAGGAAAAUGGUCCCAGCUAUCAGAACCAGUCUUAGGGGCAGGUGAGCCAGGCCAUUUUCAUUGGGCUGCCAACAGAGCUGGUCUUAGGGGCAACCACAUUUUGGCCCGACCUCCCGAAUCCUUCCCCCAGGUUUUCCUGGUUACUCCCC